CUUCCUCAGUAUUUAUAACCUCUUUUUUGUAUAAUUUUGUAUAAUUUUUUUGUAUAAUUCCCGAGUGAAUUAUCUGAAAACUGAGCUAAUCAAGCCGAGCCUAACGACCGAGGCUAUUGAUCAAACACGAACGCGCGUUCACCUUAGUUGGCCACGCGAGUGAUACCCGAAUGGUUUGUUAUCAAGACCUGAUAGUGUAAAUCGGAGCAGCAAAGUCGGAGAGAAAAGAAAUUAUAUAGAAAUGCCGCCGAAAAAGGGAAAGGGCUCCAAAAUGGCUCGCAUGACGGACGAGGAACGGGCUCGAUAUUUACAACACCGCGCCGAGCUGGAACUCGAAGCGAAAAGGCGUAAGCAACAAUUAAUCGCCGUCUUCACCAAGAUAAAGCUAAAACACGAGGAGGCGUUUGCCAGGCUCAACCUGGCGAAGAUCAACGAGCAAUGGCGACUGAUACUGCGUCGCAUAAAACGUAAGGAGCUCCACGAGGAGACCGAGUAUAUGUGGAGAAAAUUCGACGCCACCCUGGAGGCCAAGGACGCGGUCAUUCGCCGGUUGUACGAAGAGCUGGAGAAGGCGGACCUGGACCACAGGAGACUCGAAGAGGCGCACAUGACGAUCGUCGACGCGAUCAUUGGGAAUCACAAGAGGAGAUUGCAGGCUCUUCGAGGUGGCUAUUCCCAAGCCCUGAUGGACAUAGAAGCGAACGAUGCCGAGGAAGUGGAUCGUUCUCGAAGGAUCCUCCAGGAGGAGAUGGAGCACAUUGGAUGCAUAGUCUUCAUCCAAGGCGAGACCCUGAAGAGCAUCCUGACGGAGACGGGGAUCCGUAACGCCAUAAGGACGCAGUACAUCGAGCAGGCGAGAGACGAAGCCAUCUCCCAGCUCGAGCACCAGGUCGUCAGCGAAGCGAACGAGCUCUGGUCGCAACUCAACUUCGUAAUCUCAGAGUACGAGUCCUCGACCGACGAGAAGCGAAAGCAGUACGAGUUCAUGAAGAAGAGGGACGACUUCUACAGGGCCGAGAGUACGCGGUUCCACAAGUCGGAGGCACAUCUUCUGGAGACGAUAGACAAUCUUAAACACCGCCUGAACGUCCUGAAGAGCGACAGGGAAGGGACUGUGACGGAGCUGAACGAUCGGCUGCAGGGUCUGGAGAAGAGGAUCUGCCAGCUCCGACAGGAGAUCAAGCUCUCUCGAACGACCGAUGAGCUGCAGCUGAAACGUCUGAGCGUCCUCAGCGGCAAGGUGUUAAAAGAUUUAAGAGGCAUCCUGGAGAAAGGUGCAGCGUUGCAGCUCUUGGUAAGAGUGUGCUCUAACCUGGAGCCGGCAUCCGUAGUUAUAAAGAAGUACUCUCUUCAUCAUUCCGUAGCAGUGGUGGAGUCAUCUGCGAAGCAUGCGACGAAUCCCUUCAACAAAAUGGAGAGAUUCUGGGAACGGUACAACCAUGUGAAAGCGGAAAAUAUCGAACUGCGAAGGGAGCGUGACAGGUUGGCCACAGAGAAUAUACGACUGAGACAUACUCUGCGAACCUACCUCAUCGCAGUGGCAAGAUCGUCCAAUCAUCGACCUCGAACGUGCUCGUAGAACGUUCACGAGAUUAAAUACG